AUGGACGUGGAAUCAAAUCAACUUCCCCUCAAAGUACCUCUCGAAGACGACCAGGAUGUGCAGGAUGCCACCGAUUUGGCAGGCAUGGGUCAUGCCCAGGCACUGACCCGCAAGUUCAAUAUCUGGAGCAUGUUUGCUCUUGCAUUUUGCGUUCUCGGUAGGUCAUUGCCAACGGGACCCCCUGACUCAGACUGGGCCAACAUCAUUGAGAGGAGUGAUACAUGGCCGGAAUUGGCAGAUUGGUGUAUUCUCAAACUCUUCUCACUCUCUUACUCAUACGUUUUCUUUUUCAAACCAACAGGAACCUAUUCAACUUUCGCUCAAGAUCUCAGCAGCGGCCUGAGUAAUGGCGGUCCAAUCAGUAUUCUCUGGGGUCUGGUGCUGGUCACCAUAUGCAAUCUGUGUGUGGCAGUUUCCCUGGGUGAAUUGACCAGCAGCAUGCCGACGGCUCUCGGUCAAGCUUACUGGGUAUACCGUCUGUGGAAGACUCCUACGGGUCGGUUCUGCUCCUACAUGUGUGCCUGGAUCAACACAUUUGGCUGGUGGACACUCACCGCAUCCCAAGUGGCAUUCAUGACUGAUUUCAUCUUGGGCAUGAAGAACCUUUUCAAUCCCGACUGGACAGGAAAUAACCAAGGAUGGCUUCAAUUCGUUGUUUACAUCGGCAUUGUCUUUCUUUUGACACUGGUCAAUGUGGUCAGCUGUCGCCGUGAACAGAUCCUCCCUUGGAUCAACAACUUUGUGGGUGUUUGGUUUGUCGGGCUGUUCAUCGUCUUGUCCAUGACCAUUCUCAUCUGUGUUGGUGUCAAGGCCGAUCUUCACUUCCAAUCGGCUAAAUUCGUAUUUGGAGCCUGGAUCAACCAGACGGGUUGGAGCGAUGGGGUUACCUGGUUUAUAGGUCUCGUCCAGGCUGCAUAUGGGUUGACCGCGUUCGACUCUGUCAUUCACAUGGUAGAAGAGAUUCCGAACCCUCGCCGCAACGUGCCACGCGUUAUUUGGAUGGCCGUCCUUUCCGGAGCUAUCUCUGGCUUCAUCUUCAUGGUCGUCUGUCUUUUCGCUAUUCAAAGCGUCGACAAUGUGACCGGCGCAAACAUCCCCUUCAUGGAACUUAUCCUGGAGACCGUAGGUGCAAAGGGAGGCGCCGUCCUCCUCGCCUUCUUCAUCUUCAACGGUCUCGGCCAGGGAAUCAGUUGUUUGACUACCGCCUCACGUUUGACCUGGGGCUUCGCCCGCGAUGGCGGCCUUCCUUUCAGCUCAUAUUUCAGCCACAUCGACCCAGUCUGGCAAGUUCCCGCUCGAGCUCUUUGGGCUCAAGGUGUCAUCAUUGCCAUUGUCGGCGUACUCUACCUCUUCGCCAAUGCGGUCCUUACUGCCAUUCUAUCCGUCAGCACAAUCGCGCUUACAAUUUCCUACGCAAUGCCCAUUGUAGCCCUACUCGUGGCCGGACGCGACAACCUUCCCGCCGGGGGAUCCGCAGGUCUCGGCCGCUUCGGUCCGUGGGCCAACUGGAUCAGUAUUGUGUAUUGCGUGAUCACCUCGAUUUUCUUCCUGUUCCCCGGCAGCCCGAACCCGGCCCCCAGUGACAUGAACUACGCCAUUGCGGUGUUUGGAGUGAUGCUCGUGAUUGCCAUUGCAUUCUGGUUCAUUCGGGGUAGUCGCAGGUAUCUUCAGACCGAGGAUGCUAUUGCGCAGAUGUACUAUGCCCAGCAUCUCGAGCAUGCCGAGUCUACUGCUGAGCCUCGAUCUGAUGCCGAUUCCAAGUGA